CCGCCAAAUAAUGAUGUCCUCUCUCUCUCUCUCUCCCCCUCCCCGAAAGAUGCUUCGACUUUGUCUCUAGAUUGCUGUAGAAACGCCAGCCAACCAUACUUAAACCUGAUUUUCCGCCGUUCAACCACCCCUCGAAUCUUUCCGACCGGCCGUUUCUCCGUCGCUGGUGAGACUGAGCAUGGGUGCGUCCAGCGACGACGACGCCGUUUUGAUCCAGAAGGGGAAGAAGCCAGGCGACCCCCAUGUCGUCACCGUCAAUUGUCCCGACCGGACCGGCCUUGCUUGCGACAUUUGCCACGCCAUUCUCGAUUUCGGACUCUAUAUUACUAGGGCAGAUGUUUCAACUGAUGGGCGAUGGUGUUACAUAGUACUAUGGCUGGUUCCUCACUUCAGCAGUCCUAUUGUCAGAUGGCCAAAUUUAAAGAAACGCCUUCUGUCAAUAUGUCCGUCCUGCACAGUCUCAUUUUACUUAAAUCAACCAUCUCCCUGCUCUGGUUCUUCUCCAGUUUACCUGUUGACAUUUUGCUGCCUUGACCGGAGAGGGUUGUUACAUGAUGUUACCCAAGUUCUAUGUGAACUCGAGCUUAGUAUUCAGAGAGUAAAAGUGACUACGACACCAGAUGGCAGGGUCCUGGACCUCUUCUUUGUAACAGAUAACUUGGAGCUCCUUCACACGAAAAAGAGACAAGAUGAGACGUGUGAGCAAUUGCAUUCUGUUUUAGGUGAAUCGUGCAUUAGGUGUGAUCUUCAUUUGGCUGGGCCACAAUAUGAUCAUCCUCAGAGUUCAUCAUCUCUCUCUCGGGUUCUUGCUGAUGAAUUGUUUAGAAGUGAGAUAUCAGAUAAGGAAGCCAGUGCAGAGACUCUUAGCCAAGAUAUGGAAAAGUUGAGGACUGCCAGUGUAAUAGUAGACAAUUCCUUGAGCCCAGCUCAUACAUUACUUCAGAUACAGUGUAUUGAUCACAAGGGCCUUCUUUAUGACAUUAUGCGGACAUUGAAAGACUUCACUAUUCAGAUAGCUUAUGGUCGAUUUUCUCCAGUCACAAAAGGUAAUCGUGAACUAGACCUAUUUAUACAGCAACAAGAUGGUAAAAAGAUUGUGGAUUCCGAGAAGCAAAGUGUGUUGUGUUGUCGUUUGAAGGUUGAGAUACUCCAUCCACUUCGUGUUAUUAUUGCAAACCGUGGACCGGAUACUGAAAUCUUGGUUGCUAAUCCGGUUGAGCUAUCAGGAAAAGGAAGACCACGCGUUUUCUAUGAUGUCACACUCGCAUUAAAAACUCUUGGAAUUUGCAUUUUCUCGGCUGAGAUUGGGAGGCACUCAACUGCAGACCGCGAGUGGGAAGUUUAUCGAUUCCUUUUAGAAGAGAACUGUAGAUUUGAAUUAUCAAAUAUAGUAGUAAGGAAUCAAAUUGUAGACAGGGUCCGAAGAUCAUUGAUGGGCUGGUGAGGUGAUAUGCGCACCUUUAUUUGCAUUUCAGGUUCCAGUACAGCACAGGGAUGUAUUGCGGCAUGGGGAAUGCUGCCAGGUGAUACAAAUCGUAGGAUAUGUAUGCAUGCUGUUGUAGUUUUGUGUUUUGGAUUAUUAGUGAAUGAAGGAAGGAAGGAAGUGAAUCAUUUGCUUCUUCUACUCCCAGUCCCAGCACUCUUGCUGUCAAAUCACGCAACGCAAGUGACACUUCUCAUUUCCCCGUAGCCGCUGUAUGUACAAUAAAUCGCAGGAGAGACAUGUGGGGCUUUAAAUCUACGACUUGGUAAUGUAAUGUUGUUAGAAUGGGUUUGGGGGGGAAUCAUUGUAACGCAAGUGAAACUACUCAUUUCCCCGAACAAUUUCUAGGAAAGUUGUGUUAGAAGGGCCUUUGGCAUAGUAUUUUGCUACAUUGUUCAUUUACAUAAAUUUGUAUAGUAUAUGUAAUUUUUAGAAGUCAAUUGAAAUUAUGAAUGUCAUGGACCCUAAUUCAGUUACAAUAAGAUGCAAUUGAUGAGAAUGAAUCAAAAGGGUU